AGAAUGCUUACCGAGCCGAAUAUCGAUAGAAGCUUCGUCGAAGAUUAAAUUAAAUUGCUUUAAAGAGAUAUUAAUUGCAUAAUCGACUAGGUGAGUUAAUUUGCUAUUAUUAUAGGAUAGAAACUUGAGGAAAUAAGGAUUAACAAAACUUUAAGAUUUCUUCAAAGUCAAGUCGAAUGCUCAAGAGCGUAUUUAUAUUUUUGAUGCUUAUGCACUUAAAAAUCUGUUAAGAGCAUUCGAAGACUAAGUGGAGAGAAAUAGAGAAACUGCUAUAAAUAUAGUGUUAAAUUAUCUUGAUCUUCAUGACUAACAUUUUAAUACUGAGACUCUCAGGCUAAUUGUUGAUACAAUUAUUAAUCGACUCAAUCAAUUACCAUUUACAGAAACAAGUGAAGAAAUACGAUUAGCAUUAUUUAAAUUGCUACAUAAAAUAUAAGUGAAACACAUUGAUGCUUACACAAAUAAUUUAUAAAGACUAGCACAUAUGAUCGGCAAGGCUCUUCAAGACAACUUCCCAGAAGUCAAAAAAGUAAAUUACAACAUAAAUUGAUAGGAUGCAGCCAUAUUUGCAGCUGAAAUUUCAAAAAAGUUACCCAUUGGUGAGUAUAUGGGAGAAGCAGUCAAAUCUCUAAAUUAAAAUAUGCAGCAUGCUCAUACAAAAAUAAGAAAGGCAACAGUUGAUGUAAGACUUUAUUAAGUAUCUCUAAGAGUAUCGCUCCAAUUCUCUUAAGCAGAACUAAUGGAACAUUUCUUGAGAUUGUUUUAACUAAUUUAAGAAAUCUUUCUCUGGAUAAGUCUUCUGAUGUAAGAAAAGGGACUCUGAUUGCAGUGGCUGAAUUAUUAAUGCACUUUUCUAUUCAAAACUUGAAUAGUUAUGAAAACAAUUUGAUUCUGAUAUUAAUGAACAGUUUAAGUGACGAUAGUAAAGAAAUAUAAAAUUUGGCUAUGUAACUCUUAGAUGAGAUUGGGUUAAAAAGGUAAAGAUUGGAUGAGGAAGCCAAUUUAUGA